AUGGCUUCUGGAAGAUUAAUUAAGCUUGUGUUGUUUGAACUUCUUGAACUUGCUGCUUUCUCCAUUCCCACACUUGUGAUUGUGGAGCAGUUUGCCACCGCCUAUCAAAGGACAAGGAAUAUAUCUGAGAAAACACAUUACUGGCUUAUUGUUUCCUGUUCUAUUGCCUACGUGGCUUCCAUGACUCUGUUGAUUUGGGUUCCCGUAAAAGUUCUCUUAUACAAGAAACAUCAUCUUCGCAAAAAAAUUAGAGGAUGGAGACCUGUUAUGAUGAUGUGUGUAGUGUUCACCACACUUCCCAGCUUCAGCUUUUCUAUAGCAGUGACCGAGGUUCAGAAGAAUAUUGCUGGUACCACUGCUGUAUUACCUGAUACCUUACCAGACCUACCAGUAUCUCUGGUCCUGACUUGCUUAAUCAUGGUGGAUAUUAUUGAAAAACUCAGGAUAUAUCCUCUCAGAGGUAGUCAAAAGAGUAGUGAAGACAGCCGUAUUUGCACUUUGCAACAAAUAACAACUGUGACUGAACAAGCGAGGCAAAGUGAAGAAAACCCUGCCACUCCUCAGGCAGCCAGGGGAAUUGAGUCAUCCCGAGGUGAAGUAACAACAUGGAGCCAGGAUUCUGCAUUUAUGGGACCCGAGGAGCCGUCCUUCCACUCGGGAAUUCUGCGUGCAAUGUCCCGGCAAGACGUUCGGGCGGAAAUAUUUCUGUGGAGCUUUCUCUUGUGGUCUGACACAAUUGAAAUGCUGCGAGUGGCAGGUCACCCCGCUGUGUACAAGUCCGGCUGGUUGUAUCCAGUCUACAUAUUUAGUUUUAUUUCUCUGCUUCGAGUUAUAUUUACACCCAAAAACCCUCUUCUGAAUUCCCUGGGCAUCCUGUUUCAGGAUUUGCCCUUCAUUUUUGUUCGACUUAGUUUAAUCAUUGUUCUGGGGACCAUCACCCCCGUGCUAGGUCUUUGUAAAAAUGUGCUGGUAACUCUCUCUUAUAUUUACUUUAAUCACUUAACCAAACUCAGAGUGUUUUCUGCCUUCGAAAUGUCUUAA